AUGGUCAGCGAGGAGACGCCGGUGGCCACCGAGCCGGAGCUGGAGAGCGGCGACGCGGCACCGGAGGUCGUCAAGGCCGAGGAGCCCGCGGAGGACGGCGCGCCCGUCGUCGAGGACGUCAAGGAGGGCGACGGUGAUGAAGACGAGGAGGAGGACGAGGAUGAUGACGAGGACGACGAGGAUGAAGACGGCGAGCUGGGUGUGGCCGGGAGCGAGGGGUCGAAGCAGAGCCGGAGCGAGAAGAAGAGCCGCAAGGCCAUGAUGAAGCUCGGGAUGAAGCCCGUCACCGGCGUCAGCAGGAUUACCAUCAAGAGAGCCAAGAACAUCCUGUUCGUGGUGUCGAAGCCGGACGUGUUCAAGAGCCCGACGUCGGAGACGUACGUGGUGGACGAGACCGGCAUCGAGGCCCGCGACAUCGACCUCGUCAUGACGCAGGCCAGCGUGUCCCGCGCCAAGGCCGUCAAGGCCCUCAAGGCGCACGACGGCGACAUCGUCAGCGCCAUCAUGGAGCUCACCGCCUAG